AUGCCACCCAGACCUAGGCCACGUAUGGUAGAGGACCCAAAUAACACAUGGAACAGUCAAUUGAUGCGAGCCUGUCUACAAAACGACAUUUCGGAGGCCGACAAGGUAGUGUGCAACGGUGCGGAUCCGUCAGCACCUGAGCCCGUUCCCUUCCAUCAAACCCCCGUACCGCCGCUCAUUGCGCUACUACUUCGCGGCCUCUGUAAUGCGGAAUGUGUGGCCACCAUGAAGUGGCUUGUGGAACGGGGGGCGGAUGUCUCACAACGGGUGCCGAUGCGGGACAGGGACGAAACAUCAGAUACAGUUGAGGAGGGUACGAUAUUACAUUUGAUUCUUCAAAUGGGUCAGCUGCCGCUGCUGUUGCAAGUGCUUGCCCUCGUGGGAGAACCACGACCCCUUCCUGUUUCCUUUAUUAGGCGGGUGUGUCGAAUGGACCCCGCGCUGCUAGGAAUGGCUGCUCAGUGCAGCGGUGGUAGCCUUGGGAAAUCGAACACAGCAUCGUCAUCUGCGUAUCCCCCAAAUAAUUGGGGAAGAAGUUUGUCACCUGUAACAAGCAAACGUGGUGCCAGAAAAGCGUCUAGGUUGCCGGUUGAACUUCCUUUUAUACAACAACUGGGUAUCCUGUCCGAUGUGAACCCGCAUCUCGACGGGGUAUUAAUUGACUUCAAUGCACGGUCCUCAGUGAAUGGAUGGACAGCUAUGGACAUCGCCCUGAGACGCAAGGAUGCAGCAGCAGUUGAGUUGCUCCUGUACUAUGGCGCGCCAUGUACGUUUCACCGUUUGGUGAACGCCAAUCAAACGCUGCUUGCACGUGCUUGUUCGCAGGGCGAUAAAGAACUUGUAGAAAUUCUUCUCGAUGCCGGUGAUGACCUGUGGCAUGUUUCUAUGGAUGGUCGCUACACGCUCAUACACUACGCGGUGGCGCACCCGGUUGUACUAGACCUACUACUGGCACGUGGGCUCUCCAUCGACGCGGAAAAUGCAUUGGGGGAGUCGGCGCUCGUUUCACUGAUUUGCUAUGGACAAGGGUGCAAUGGUGAGCACGGUAUUCGCGAUGCGGUGCGCCCACUGGAUGCGGUGCGUCUCGCUUCGCUUCCCGGACCAGCAGUAAAGAAUUAUAUCUUAGCACCUCAAACAACAUCUACGGCAGGAAGUGCAUCAAGGCAUCCAAAGCCGUCCACCGCUGCGGGGAAUGCUGCAGAUACGGACUGCCCAGGUGUUCCAAGGGACGCCGAUGCAUGGUGGCACUUUCUACCUGGGAACUGUUCUACAUGGGAACUGAUACAAACGCUGUGUGAUCGCGAGGCUAAUGUACAUGGUAACUUGGCUCCUAUAGACUCUAACAGGUUGAUACGGCGCUCCGCAGAGAAUAAGCGUACCACGAUGGUCACUCAUCAGUAUGAAGUGGGGGCUACCUCUUCCCCUUGGUUGUUGCCGGACUUCAAGAAGGGUUCUCUCGUGCCUAGCUUGCCGACAUCCCCCGGAACGUCUAGGGAUGAUGUUGGCUUGUCUGCAGCGUCCCCGGCUGCAGCAGCCUCCACGACACAGACAAAUCAAUCGACACCGUCUAGACAAUUGGGAAAUUCUCGCUCUGAUCAACUACUUCCGACCGUACAGCAAGUCGGGCGGAUGACGCCACUUAUGCAUGCCAUUGUGGCUCAUCAUCCGGAGUUAAUUCGGCGGUUUAUUGUAGAUUAUAGGGUAGACCCCAUGGUGCAAGACGCGCAAGGGGCCUGUGCGCUGCACUACGGCGCCAUAGCACUCCACCCGAGCGUAAUGGAGCUGCUUCUUUCGCAUAUCAAUGUGAACCCGGAGAAGAGGUAUGAUAUCAAUGUACAGGAUUGCUGCGGUCGCACACCACUUCACUACGCUGCCAUGUACGGCAAUACCUCUGUUGUGAGGUUACUUCUCAACAGUACGAGUGGCAACAGUAAUGCUGGCGCAGGCAGUUACAGUCUAAAUGCCGCUCAACCUUCGAAGACAGAUCAUGCGGGUCGAACGGCUUUGCAUCUCGCGGUGCUGGCACGGCAGUUAGAUGUUGUGGAAAUACUGCUGCACCAUUCAGAGAGCGCAGCUGUGGUGUCGAACGCGGAUACCAGCGUGCUGUCCCCACACAGCCAAGCACCGGCGACCAAACGCAGGCAGCACCGCACGGGAUCCGGUUUCCGUCGAAGGUAUCGGCAACCUGCAGCCUCCAGUGAACCAGUCGCCGGCGACACCGUGGCACACUCCCUUGACGUGGAAGCACGAGAUACCGCGUUAGGUUUCACAGCGCUUGAGAUGGCUGUCCGCGAAACACACGACGUAGAGGCAGCGCGGCUACUGUUGAACCUUGGUGUUGCUUGCGUCCGGCAUGCCAGUGGGAUGCCAAGCGGGGGAACACUCUUGCACCGCACUGUGGCGCAGGGGAUGCUGCCGAUGCUCCAGGUUUUACUGGAAUACUACGCGGAUCCCAAUGAGGUGGACGACAUAGAGCAAACUCCGCUCUUCCUCGCUACACAGUCCACUCUUCCCGUCGCUGUUGACAUGGUACGAGAGUUGCUGAGCUUCAAGGCUACUGUAGAGGUUCAGAGUGGGCACACACUGGAGACGCCCUUGAUUAUCGCGGCACGACGGGGUAGGGCCGAUAUGGUGGAUUUACUCCUACACCAAAGACAGGACAGCAGAAGUGGAAGACGGCUUGGGGCGUACACUGCGCGGCGCAGCCGCGGUCGUUUUGGAAACCAUGAUAACAGUAACAACACAACAGUCAGCUCUCACACACCACCUAACCACAACCAUCCUGUUAGUGUGUUGAAUCUCUCCAUGCAGUCGCGGUCGCGUCAUAGCAUUUCUUCACAGCAGCGACUAGGCGACCGCCCCAAAAAGAGCGUUAACACGCCACGAAAUCGCCGUGGGGGGCGGCAGGGCAAGGCAGGGGCUCGGACGCAAAGUUCGGCGCGAGCGAAUCAGCAGAAACAACAGAAAUCGGCCGAACGUGACGCGAGUAGCGUCUCCGCGACCUCCGAUGUAGAUGACGAGGUCUUCAACGCGGGUCAGAAUGCGAUGAGUGAGGGGGUGAAUAUCAACCUGGCCGGCACAACCGGAACUACCGCUGGUGCCGCCAACAGUUGCUGUGAAUACAGCGUUAGUUCCCUGGACAGCGAAGGGAACCAGCCACCUGUCCUCACGGUGGGUAUUCACCACUUGCUUUGCACCGACAAGCAAGUUCGUACGGCACUUCACCACUUGUGUAGUCACAGCGACCCUGUGGUACAACAGGAGCUGCUGCCUCACAUUCGCGAUGUGUUGAGCUGCACCCUCGCGCAGACACUGGUGCUUCAGGUGGAUGCAAUGGGUCGCUUGCCCAUACACGAUGCCUGCGCCUCCGGGUUCGCAGACGCUGUAACAGAGCUCCUCAACCACGAUACGGGUAACUGUGCCUUCUUCCUCGAUGCACGUGGUUCCCUGCCCCUGCAUUAUGCGGUAACAGCAGACAGUGAAGCUUGUCUUCGGGCGCUUUUAAGGAAUGUGAACGUAUAUGCGCCUUGCACACUCCGGGGCGCCUCGACCACAGUGGAGGACCCUCGUGUAGUUCCUAUCACGCAGCGAAUUUUGACACACCACCGCGGCACACACUACAGCAAGGUCACUUGCGUGCUGCGGGACGAGGGUUGUCGCGAGAACCAUGUGGAGACAGUAUGGGACUACCUCAAUGUUUAUGAUGGAAUGGGUCGGACGCCCUUGGUUCUUGCUGCAGAACUUGGGCGGUGUCGGGUAGCCAAAUUUUUAACCAGUUUGUUGAAGCAACGGAAGACUCACAAACAACUUAACCCUCUCGAACCCCAGGGGGUCACCGUUCUGCGAUGCAGCAGCAGCUCAUCCAUUCCGUGCGAUUCCACAGUGACGGCGUGCAUGCUUACGGCGGAACCUUCAGCGAUUAACACACCGUCGCGGGGGGAUUGCAGAGCGUAG